AUGGGAGGAGCAAUCUUGCAUAGCGUUCGCGUAAAGUGCGGGCAGGUGGUGAGCCUGCCAGAUCUGACCAGUCCCCUCGUUGGGGGCAUGCAGACCUCGGAGAACCCAAACAUCCGAUCCACAUGUCUCGAACAGCAUGGCGUCAGUCUCGAGCUCCAGUUUGAAAAUCAACUUUGCUUCUCCUCCUCCGUCACGAUUUCAUGCGCAGCUGCGUCGCUCGUCGGAUCAUGCGAUCGAGCCCGAGUGCUGCAAACAUCGCCUCGAAUCUUAGCUGCUGAUGACUGCCGUGCCCCUGGUGGUCUAGCCGAUCCGGGGCCGUGCUGGAUUGGCUCGUAUCCGAUGUCUCAGAUCGAUUCGGCCAGGCUCCCGAAUCACUUGUCUGCCUUUGCCGGUGCGCUUGCCCUUCCAUGGCUCUUUCCCUCCCAUCCAUCCGCGUUGACGCUCGAGGCCGCUGGUUCCUGCCGUCGUUGCUUUCGCCAACAGUGCCUUGCACUGUCUCAGAUCCAACCUGCAUCUGCUGAAGCCGACGAGAUUGUACUGACGCCGGCGAAAGCGUUCGGGCUUGGCAGCGCGCAUUUGCAGCAGCAACGACCGAGGGCCAGUCGCCAAAACUUGCCUUGGCCACCGUCGCUACCAUUCUGCUUCGGCUCCAGCCGAGCAUCGCGGCUUGUGUCUCGCACUUCCGAGCGAGCUCAGCAGGAUCGCUUCAAGGAUCUGUACUCGCCCCUUUAA